GUAGCUGGUACUGCACUCGCUGUUGGGCUCAUAUCCCUCCCCUGAUUACCAAUGGACUACACCUGGUCCCCAAACUGAAGGAGGUUCCUCUGCAGUGCAGGACAUGUCGGCUGACUCAACACCAAAAUAAGCUGUUUAAACCAAAAAGAAGCAUAGCAAAGUAUGAGGAGGAACUUUGUCUUACAAAAGAGGAAAAGGAGCGACAACAUCAACUACUGGACGCUGUUUUCAAGAAACAUCAAGUUGUGUUACACAGAACGGACCUCAAUGAAGCACAUCGUCCUCGUGAGCAGGAGGAGGAACCACAGUCCCCCCAUAUACACGAGGAAGAAGAGGUACCACAUUCCCAACACAUCAAAGAGGGAGGAGAGGAGCCACAUCCCCCCCACAUUAAAGAGGAAGACGAGACGCCACAGACCCAUAAUGUUAAACUGACCCUUCACAUUAAAGGGCAAGCGGACGACCCACUGAUCUUACACAUCAAAAAUGAAGAGGAGGACCUACUGACCCCUUACUUUAAGGAGCAAGAGAACCCGCUGACCCCCUACUAUAAAAAGGAAGAGGAGGACCCACUAACCCCCUACAUUAAAGAGGAAGAGGAGGAGCAAGAGCCGCCGCACAUUAAAGAGGAAGAGGAGGAAGAGGGCAUCAGUCAGCCUAAAUGGUUGGAGGAGUUCCCAGUGACUGGUGUCCCUGUGAAGAGUGAAGAUGAUGAGGUGAAAGGUGAAAGUGAGGAGAGGGGAGGGGGGGAGCCUCCAAGCAGCAGCUCAACACAACACAUGACAACAGAAGCUGAUGGAGACCACUGUGGAGGAUCACAAGCAGACAAGCUCUUAGCUCCACUAUCAGAUAGUGAGGACACAACGUCACACUCUCCUGACACUGAUGAUGAAGACUCUAAAGAUGAUAAGACAUGUCACACUGACAACACUCACUUCACAUCUUCUCACUCUCACAAAACUUUUAAAUACCAAAGUCGUCUGAAAAGACACAUGAGAACACACACUGGAGAAAAACCUUUUUCUUGUUCACUCUGCAGUAAAGGUUUUACACAAAGUAUCAAUUUGAAAGUACACAUGAGAACACACACUGGUGAAAAACGUUUUUCCUGUUCAACCUGUGGUAAAGGUUUUACACAAAGUCAGAGUUUGAAAAGACAUAUUAGAACACACACUAGAGAAAAACCUUUUUCUUGUUCACUCUGUAGUAAAGGUUUUACACAAAGUAUCAAUUUGAAGGUACACAUGAGAACACACACCGGUGAAAAACCUUUUUCCUGUUCAAUCUGUGGUAAAGGUUUUAGAGAAAGUCAACAUUUGAAAAGACACAUGAGAACACACACUGGUGAAAAACCCUUUUCCUGUUCUACCUGUGGUAAAGGUUUUGUUGAAAGUCAGAGUUUGAAAGUACACAUGAGAACACACAAUGGUGAAAAACCUUUUUCUUGUUCAAUCUGUGGUAAAGGUUUUGCACAAAAUCAGAGUUUGAAAAGACACAUGAGAACACACACUGGAGAAAACCUUUUUAUCUGUUCAAUCUGUGGUAAAGGUUUUGUUAAAAGUCAGGGUUUGAAAGUACACAUGAGAACACACACCGGUGAAAAACCUUUCUCCUGUUCAAUCUGUGGUAAAUGUUUUACACAAAGUCAGGAUUUGAAAAGACACAUGAGAACACACUCUGGUGAAAAAUCACAUUCCUGUUCAGUCUGCAACAAAAGCUUUAGUGACUGAUCAACCCUUGAAGCACACAUGAGAAGACACCCAGGAGAGAAAGUGUUGAGUUGCAGUGUGUGUGGUGAAAGAUUGUCUUCUAAGUACCAGUGUAAGAAACACAAGUGUGCUGGUGAGAACAGCAGCAGCAAAUGAAACUGCAGGAUUUGAAAUAAACUGUCCAGACUUUCAUUUUGACUUUCUAACAACAUCAGCACAUAUAACAUGUGUGACAUUGUUGUUUGUCUAACAAUAUUUUUUAUAUGAUUCUACAUUUAUAGAUUAAACAUUUUAUAUUAAUGCUUUUUUCAGUCAAGCACAUGCAUUAAUAUGCAACAUUGUGUACUUUUGGACAGAACAAUUUGAGUAAACAAGUGAGAGUAAACAGUAAAAUACAUAUUUUACAUGCAAUAAACAUGUGUGUAUGUAUACACAUACACACACACACUCAUAUAUAUAUAUAUAUAUAUAUAUAUACUGUAUA